CAGCGGGAGGGCAGCCCAGGAGGCAGGCGGCGGGGCCGGCUGCGGCGGCAGAGCUCCCUGUCUUCAAAACCAGUGUCUGAGGUGUUGCUACUACAUUCUGCUCAAAACCACGCUGUGGGUUUAUCAGUGCUUUUGGAACAGCAGCAGUAGCCCUCAGAGCAACAUUUGGAACAGCCUGGCCCACAGCCAUGUAUUACUAUUACUCUGCUGGGCCCUCUGAUGGUACUGUAAUCAGAUGAGAGACAAGAUUCUCUUUUACUUUGGCUCUGAAGUACAUUCCUGUCAUGCUGCUGUGCUAGGCACCUCCAGGCAUUUGUCAGAGCCUCGCUAAUUGAAGCACAUGCUCCAGCUGGGAUCGAAAAGCUGUUUUGAUCAAACACAUUGGCACGAAUUACAUUUUUCAGCUGGCAUAGCUGUAGGAGAUGGAAUUGGUUUAUCUGUGUCACCCUGCUGACCUGUCAUUCCUGAUGACAAAAUGGGAACCUGAAAGAGGACAAGUGACACCUAGCUUGGGUUAGAACAGCUACUGAAGCCACCUCCUGCCUUGGAAACUACCAGGUCUUUGCCCUCGCCAUGUCAAGGAGUGUUAAUGAUGUGUUCCCUCUCCAUUGCAUUCCCCACCUGUCAUCUUGCUAGGAUCUAACUACAGAAUGAACAUAGCAGCUGUGUUUAAUGCCCUGCUUGUGUCUGUCCUCGCUGCUGUGCUGUGGAAGUACAUCAAAUUGCGAGAGCAUGUCUUCAUGGUCGAGGAGGAGUUGGUCCUCACCCGUCAGUCUCAGGAACUCUCUCAGGUUCAGAUUGACUACCAUGCAGCUCUCCAGGCACUGGUGGAGGACGGUACCAGGAUGGUGUGCACUGGCAAGAUGCACACCGACCGCAUCUGCCGCUUUGAGUCCCUCUGCUACUCUACUGAGGCUGAGGAGUUUGUCUACUUUCACAGCAACUCCUCGGUCAUGCUGCCCAACCUGGGUUCCCGGAGGUUCCAGCCAGCUCUGCUCGACCUCUCCUCAGUGGAAGAUCACAACACCCAAUACUUCAACUUUGUGGAGCUGCCAGCUGCUGCGCUGAAAUUUAUGCCAAAGCCAGUCUUUGUGCCUGAUGUGGCGCUAAUCGCUAACAGGUUCAACCCAGACAACCUGAUGCAUGUCUUUCAUGAUGACCUCCUCCCCAUUUAUUACACCAUGCAGCAGUUUCCAGAUUUAGAUCUGGAGGCACGGCUCUUCUUCAUGGAGGGGUGGAAUGAAGGUGCUCAUUUUGACCUUUACAAGUUACUGAGUAACAAGCAGCCGCUCAUCAGGGAGCAGCUUAAAACCCUGGGCAGGCUCCUCUGCUUUACCAAAGCCUAUGUGGGACUAUCCAAAAUCACCACCUGGUACCAGUACGGUUUUGUCCAGCCGCAAGGGCCAAAGGCUAACAUCUUGGUUUCUGGUAACGAGAUCAGGCAGUUCACCAAAUUCAUGAUGCAAAAGCUGAAUGUCAGCUUGGAGGAAAGCUCCAGCGAGGAGUACAUCGUAGUGUUCAGUCGAACAAUCAACAGACUUAUCCUAAAUGAGGCAGAACUAAUCCUGGCUCUGGCUCAGGAGUUUCAGAUGAAAACCAUCACUGUGUCUCUGGAGGAGCAUUCAUUUUCUGACAUUGUCCGGUUGAUCAGCAAUGCGUCCAUGCUGGUCAGCAUGCAUGGAGCUCAGUUAGUCAUGUCUCUCUUCCUGCCACGAGGUGCCACAGUGGUGGAGCUCUUUCCUUAUGCUAUCAACCCUGAACACUAUACCCCUUACAAAACCCUGGCAACCCUUCCUGGCAUGGACCUGCAGUACAUUGCCUGGCAGAACACCGUCAGGGAAGACACUGUUACCUACCCGGACAGACCUUGGGAUCAGGGUGGGAUUGCUCAUCUGGACAAAGCUGAGCAAGAGCGCAUCAUGAAGAGCACAGAGGUGCCACGGCACCUCUGCUGCCGCAACCCCGAGUGGCUGUUCCGUGCCUACCAGGACACAAAGGUGAACAUCCCUUCUCUCGUCCAUGUGAUCAGGCAAACUGUCAAGUCUAAGCCUGGACCCAAAAAGCAGAAGUUGUCCAGUAGCCUCUAUCCUGGCAAAGUGAGGGAUGCCAAGUGUCAGGCCUCUGUCCAGGGCACGAGCGAAGCUAAGCUUGCUGUGUCCUGGCAGAUCCCCUGGAACCUGAAGUACCUGAAGGUCAGAGAAGUGAAAUAUGAGGUGUGGAUACAAGAGCAAGGGGAAAACACUUACAUGCCUUAUAUAUUGUCCCAUCAGAAUCACACCUUCUCAGAAAACAUUAAGCCCUUCACAAUAUACCUGGUGUGGAUACGCUGCAUCUUCAACAAAAAUCUCCUGGGACCUUUUGCAGAUGUGCUCUUGUGUAGUACAUAACCUGUUGCACCACCUGUACAGCUCUGCCCUGGUCUCCACUCCACCUGGGUUUUACAACUUCUUGUCUUGUAGUUUGUGGAGGGCUGAGGAGGACUAGGCUGUACCAGUGCCUAAGUGUUCAUUUUAUUGCACUCCACGUGUGUUCUUUAAAUGGUAUUUAUUUACAGUGAGUGUUAAAAAACAAAACAACCUCUGUGUUCUUCAGUGUAACUUCCAGAGGUUAAAUUACAUGCUGAAUACAUGUAAUCAAAAACAGAACGGAAGUGAAUUGUGUGUAACCUUGGUCGUGAUACAAAUUUGUUUCUAUUGUGUGGUGAGUAUUUAAGCACAGCGUUAAUCUGCAAUUAAUUCCAUGGCUAGGAGGGCAAUUCUCAUCAGCUUUUUCAUUGUAAGUUAUUUUUUUUUUUCAGUAACUCUGAGUGUAACUUUGAGUUCAAGAUUUGGUACAAGAGCCUUCAUUAAACUGCUGGAAACGUC